AUUCAUUGUCUUCAUGAUUCGGCGCGAGGAUUCGGAUAGCAGCGACGACAGCGAUGCCCCCUUCUUCUGGAGAGUGAUCGGCCGCCAACGCGAUGACAGCAGCGAGGAGGAAGAUGUCCCAGUUCGCUGCCCACUCUCCCACAGCGAGGUAGCAGAGGUGGAGGGAGCUGGCGGAGAUGCGGCCAAGGGAGGCAGUUCCCCGGAGCUCGACGGCGGUGGCGGCGAAGACGAGGAUGGAAGGAGUGCGGGGCCGCGUGAUCGCCGUCAGUAUCUGCCGAGCAUCACCGAGUGGAACAAAGAACGCAAGCAACUGGCACUGCAGUGAGCGGCACACGAAAAGAUGAUGGGUAGCAACGGCGUAUAUGGUACAAAGUUGUGAAUGGGAUCAUGUCCGGUGAAUGUGUGCACUGCAGGGAGUAUGUCUGCGCGCAGGACGUGAGGCGCCAUUUGGCACAACCCAAGCUCCUCGACGCCGCACUGGUGCGUGCGGGGCUGAAAGAUACCGAAUGGAUCCAUACGCUGUACACGUCGUGUGUCUUUCUUCUCUUCCAACAGGGAGAGGAUCUGCUCAGGGAGGAUGAGGACCUGACAGCUGCACGGCGACAGGUACUUACUGCAGGGCCCGCGGAGAAAUCCACAAUGAGCACACCACUCCGCUGUCCCGUUCGUUGCAUGUGCGCGUGUGUGCAGUGGGAGAGUCAUUUGUGGGGUCAGAUAUCUUGUCUGAAGGAGCAGGUGGGCGGACUCAUCGACCGGUGGACUGUCGAAGAGCAGCAGCAGCGGGAGCAACUCAAACACACCACCGAACAGGUCAAUACCAGACGAUUUGUGACGCAUGCUUGAGUGAUGCCCGACACGUGUGGGUGGGUGCAGUCGCUGGCCACCUUCAAAGAGGUGGCAAGACAGGAGUUCGACAUACUCGCCAAAGAGGAGGUGGCACUGCGCAAACAAGAGGCGCCCUCACACAUGUAUGUAUGAUGCACGUCCGCGUGUCCGAUUGCAGGCAGCACUGUCCGCCGGUCUGAAGGACCUGAGCCGCCGCGUCCACAGCUGGACUGACGGGCCCCCCACGCCGCACAGCAGCAGACCACGGCCAUCACGACCUGCAUCCGCGAGGCAAGGCAACCGCACAGAACAUGCUGCAGCACACCAGAAGAAGACAUUCCUUCCGCCCUUGCUGUUUGUUGCAGGGUGCGAGGUUCCUCGUUGUCGCAUCGCAACUCUGGCGACCUUGGUCCGUCACAGGGCACGCUGACAUCGACGGCGGCUCGUCUGCGGCUGUGGCGAGAGCAGUCUGAGCACCCCAGGAGCAGGGGAAGGAGGAAGGCACUGUCCAUCAAGGACCAGUUAGAGCAAGGUCGGCAGCACCAGGCAGCGGGCAUCACAGCGCCAUGGUGCGUAUCCUGUUUCCUUGCUGUUGGUUUGCAGCAUUGGCGUGCCUGGAGGGCGUGAAGGAGGAGCUGAGGGGCGUUGACAAGGAGAUUGAAACCAAGGGCGGCAUACUGGUGUGUUACGAAUAACCCACCCGCACCACACACAAACAUGAGUGUGUUGAAAUGAAAUAUGCAGGGUGGCUGGAGAGAGGAUGACCACCAGAUCUUCCUGAAGGUCAAGACCGCCUGCCGUGACCACAUACACACACAGGUACAUCCAUCCAUCCAUCCACCUUCAUGGCCGCCAUAUCUCCGUUUCUGCAGUCUUUCAUGGACCGGCUGCUCUUGUCGCUUCCCAGUCGGACUCGCGAGGAGGCCGCGGCGCACAUUGAGUGGUACGACCACUUCGCCAUCCUGCAGGCGGAGCGGCGGCUGCUCAUACAGAAGUGGCGGUCCCUCAAGCAGCAGAUACACAGGCACCAGAGUAGACUGCAGCACAGCGAGGAGGCCAAAGACCCGCUGCUCGAUGACAUGCACGUACACACAACACAGGCGGACGGGGUGCCACAUGGGUGAUCAAGUCAAGUCGAUGUGUGUUUCCUUCCCUUCCUUCAGCUGACGCCAGCGGAGGAGCGCUAUCGCAGAGAAAAGCAGGAGGCAAGCUAAGCUCGAUGGAUGUAUCAGAAGAGUCCGAACGAAGAUGGCCAUGUGUUUCUGCCUUUCUGUCUGUGUUGCCCUGUGAAUGGCUGGCAGGAGAGAGAGAGUCGCCAACAGGAGGCCAAGAGGCGGAGAGUGCAGGAGUGGAGACACAUGAAAAGUGAGCUCUUCAAGUGGAGCCAGCCAGUCCAUCUCUUGGCAACCCCACACCAUGUAUACCGUGGGCAUCAGACAGACACAACUGAUGUGUGUGUGUAUGCUUCAGAUACGGAGGAGGCCCAGCGUCGCGAGGAGGAGGAGAAGCGGAGAAAGGAGGAACAGCGCAGACACAAACUGCGCUCUCGGAGGUAAUGCAUGUGAUGAGAGAGACUGCAGACGGAGAGACCAACAUACUUGACUUGCUCAUUUGGCUGGCGUCUGCACACAUGCGUGUCUCUCUGUCUGUCUGUCUGUCUGUCUGUCUGCAGGGAAGCGGAAGAGCGGCGAGUGCUCCUGCGGGCCAUCUACCACCACAAACAACAACAGCAGUACAUCCAGCAGGUCAGUCACCAGCCAGACACACAGACAGAGACACACGAAGGCAGGCCAAGGGAUGAUGUAACAUGUCGUGUCCCAGCUGGCUGAUGCCGCCAAGGCGACCAUGAGGCCCACACUAACUGCCGAGGACAGACAGCGACUGAGGGAUCGCGAGCAACAGUGAGUUGGUUGAAUCCCUCCCGCAUCAUUUGGCCCACCCUAUAGAUAUGUCACCCACAUCUUACCUAUCAGGUUGUUUGAGCGUCGUUUGCGUGACGUAGAGGAGCUCCGGCGGCGCUCACAGUCGCAGGCCGCCAGCCCCCACCAGGGCCGGUCGGUCAGUGCGAGAUACGCACACAUCGACGCCAGACUUCUCGACGACACAGGUAGGUACAAUUGUGAAUGAAUGGAUGGAUCCAUCCAUCCGUGUGGGCGGCUUGGCGUCAGUCAGUAAGCCAUUGUUCUGCCUGCCUGUCUGCCCACCAUCAUGAUGCAGAGUCCCAUGCGUCUCGUCUCGUGACGAUCCAGAUUGAGCGGGAGGAGCGCAUGGGAAUGCGGCCGUCGGCCCACACAGCAACGUGAGCAACCGAACGCAAAUUAAGUGCACCCAUCACCCGCCGGUGUCUCCCCGUAUCUCUCUCUGUGUGCAGGAUCGCGGGCAGCUUCGGCCACCGUCUGCCCGAGACCACUCGCCGUGUGCGGGCGACGCCCUCCUGGCGCAAUGUCGCGGCCGCUGCAAACUCGAUGCAGUGACUGAGUGACUGACUGACUGACUGACACAGACCGGGAGACAGGACGGGAGGUCUACCGAUGUGCCGUGACGGGGCAGCUGCAUGUCGACAACUGGCGUGCCCAGGGACUCGUGAGCAUGUGAUGUGCACAUGAUGUGUGUGAAUGAAU